AUGAAAAUUAUUUUCGAAUAUCAUGAUCGAAAGACAAUCAUCAUUGGCAAUGAUUAUGAAACGAUUAUUAAGAAAAUUCGACUUUUAUUUCCUGAUGAAAAUGAUUCCACAGUUUUAUUCUAUGAUCAUGAACUGAGUGAUUUUUUCGAUUUUACAUCUUUUGAUCAAAUACAAGAUCAACCUAACGGUGUAAAGAUGAUUUUUAAAUCUUUCAAAAAAUUAAACGAUGUUGCUGCUGAUGCUUCUUCACCUUCAAGUGUAAACAAUGUCGGAAAACAAAAAGAAAAGAAUUACGUUAAAAAACCUCAUCCACAACGAAAUCGAAAGAAAAAAGAAAAUGAACAUGAUGAUCAAAUCGAUAAACCAAUGGUAUUACCAACAUAUUGUGAUAUAAUUCUACAAGGAUUACAAUCACACGAGUCUUUUCCUUCGAUACAAAAAGUUUUCUUGGAUCAAACAGGAACACAUUUUCUUCAAAAAUACUCAAACUCAUCAUCGAAAUCUCUUCAUUAUUCUUUUGUUUUAGCACUUACUGAAAAAUUUCCAAUAUUAAAUUAUUUAAAUAAAGAUGUCGAUGGUAAGAUGGGUCGAGCACCACAACAUACAAUCUCACAAAUGCUGUCUCGAAAAAAAAAGAAAUAUAAAAUACUAUAA